GUUUAUAUCAUUUAGAUGUGUAAAGUUUUUGUUCAUUCUUGAGGUUUGACUUGCCAUUUUGCAUGAGUGGAAGUGCGUUACUAUGAAAGUCUAUUUUCCAUGGGAUUUAUACCAACAUGCGACAUGAAUUUACCUGAGAAAUGUGAUAAAACGGAAUAAUAAUAAUUCAGAAGAUGAAAAUAUUAUGGCUUCGGUUCUACAUCAUGGAACAUUACGGAUAAUAUUUACAUGAAAAAGAAAAUUUGUUACAUUAGAAGUAAAUAUUCAUAGUGGGAUUAUUUACAAAUUUUACUUGAAAAACCAUGAGAUUGUGCAGUUUAGUGUAUCUUUUCUACACCUAUCUGGGUGUAACAAUAGGUAGUGCUGACCAGAAAAAUGUGCUUCUUCAUGAAGCGGUUCGGACGCUGUUAGGUUUUGAAGAAUCUCCAGCACGCUAUCUAAAACUUCAGACAGUCCCGAAUUUCUUAUCGGAACAGGCGCCCCAAUACAUGAUGGAUUUGUACGAAAAGUUUAAAAACAGUCGCAUUUCCAAGGGACAUUUAUCUGGAAAUACCGUUAGAAGUAUACAUGCUGAAAUAGCUACGGUGAAUGGAGAGACCAUGUUCAUUUUUAACCUGACGUCCAUACGCCGAACAGAGCGGUUAUUGAGCGCAGAAAUUCAUUUGUACAAACGGAAACCCAAACGGUUCAAUCCCAAAAAAGACAUUGAAUUAAAAAUGUAUGAAGUAGCCCCUCAUUACAUGUCUGAGGAAGGAAAAAUUACCAUGCGAGCUGAGUCGUAUGGCUGGCAGUGGUACGAUGUUACAGAGGCCGUCGGUAGUUGUCUAGCUGCUAGACGAAAAGUACCCCAUUUAUUUGCCUUAAAUUUUAAAGCCGAGAAACAAAAUGGGAAACUGAGAGACAUUGCAUUAAGAAAAUUCAUCCGCCAUCAUUCCAUGCCAUUUUUAAUUGUGUACACGAACGAUACUCAAGAAAGUCGUUUUGAUCAGUUAGAUUCUUUAGCAGAUAAAAUCAAAAGUGAGUCUACUUCUAAUAAUAAAAAUUCAGAAAAGAAGAAAUUGUCUGAUGUGGUGACAGAUAUUAAAAUAAGAGAUAAAAGGUCAAUAUAUGACAAUGAAAUUCCGGAAGAUCCAGAUGAUUAUGAUCGUAUAGAGCGAAAAUUUAACAUUCCCCAAACACACCCGGGUAUUCUCCAAACUCGAAGACAAAAUCGAAACAAAAACCCUGGCUCUAGACUUAUACCUUACCCAAGUAAAGCCAAACGGAGGAAGCACAAAAAGCGGAAAAACAGGAGGAAGAAAAACAGGCGGAAGAAUAGAGUGUUUCCGAAAGAGUGGAAAAAUGUGAAACAAAAUAUGGCUACGGAGGAAAAGAGCGGCCAUCUUUGUGGUCGCCAGAAGCUUGUAGUGGAUUUUGCGGACAUUGGAUGGGGAGACUGGAUCAUAUCCCCCAAGUCUUUUGAGGCCCACUAUUGCGCAGGAUCAUGUCCAUUUCCUCUAACAAAGCGACUGAGACCUUCAAACCACGCUACAAUUCAAAGUAUGGUCCACGCUAUUGGAAUAUACACCGACGUUCCAGCACCGUGUUGUGUGCCCGAUUCCAUGUCUUCUGUGACGCUUCUCUACUUUGACGAAAAUAGAAAUGUUGUCCUAAAAAAUUAUCCAAGUAUGACAGUUAAUUCUUGUGCAUGCAGGUAGAUCCAAAAUAAUGCCAAUAAUUUUUUGGAAUGAAUAUUUUUUUAAUAUUCAGAGUACAUUGUACCAGAUUUCGUUCGAAGUGAAAUUGUUCGAAUCAGCGAUAUCCCUGAUGAUUCUAUAGGAACAUGAACCAAUUUACAAACUCGAUGACGAAGAAGAUGAACUUCACCGUAUAAAAUGCCAAAUACCAAUGCAAUUUUUUUUUUUAAAUGACGCCAGUAUGACAUCAGAGCGACGAGUGUAUUGAUAAACGUGUGUUCGAAGCGAAUUUCCAGAAGCCCGCGACCCUAAAUCCAAAUUGUCCCCAUUGUUGAUAAUUUUUAAUUUUUUUGUUUACAUAUUGCUACGGUGACCAUCUUUUCACUUUGACUUCAUUCAGGACAGGGCCAGUGUUUGUGUGAAAUCUACCUCAUGACUAAAACUAGCCAGCACAAGAUGACGGAAUUUUGAGAGGAGACGCUAUAAAAAGCGCCAAUAGUACUAAAAAAAUUGUGAUUUUAUUGUUAAAUACGUAUUCAUUGUUUGUUCUUAUCAUUUAAUAUUGUGCAAAGUCCGGAGUCUUAGAAACGCUUGGUUGCAAUUGCAACGAAUGCUAUUAAACUAGGGUAACUUGGAUUUCUUAUGAACAAAGAGACUUUUCCCAAUUAAAUCACAAUAUCUCAGGAAAAAUAAUCACCUGCAAAGAGGAAAUUCAGAAUAUUUUAAUAAAAAAUAUAUAUUUUUGCAAUUAAAAAACAGCACAUUUUAUCUAUAAUCAAAUAUCACUUUACAUAUAUUUAUUUUUGGUAUAUAAUUCCAAAAAGUAAAAGUAAAAAGUUUUUUUCUAAGGAAUAGUUUACAAUUUAAAACAGAUUAUUUAAUUUUUGGGUAAUAUUAAAACUAUUAUUCUUUAAUGUGAGCACGAUUCUAACGAUUAACUACACCAUCCUCUUACAGCCUACAGGUAACAAUAUCUAGGAUGUUCUCAGGAUUUUAGAAUCGUAUAUUUUUGGGUUGUUUACAGCAAUUUGGAGUGUUUUGCUAGAUCAAUGCAUUCUUGACAUUUCCAAGCAUUUCCUGUCAUUAAUUUCAUGCAUCGCUUUUUUUUCUUCAGAUAAUACUUUGUCACCCCACCUGUCUCACUAUUUAUUUAUCAUGAUAUACAUUUUCUUCAUGGUCAUCAAUAAUUUCAUCAUAAAUUUAACAGCAUUUCAUAUUUUAAUUUCUGCUUCAAUAUCCAUAAAGCAUCUUUGAAAUAGCAAACAUUAAUUUCUCUUCAUCAACUUGUUAGUGCAUUUGCGUGGAAUGUUGUAUUUCCAAGUAAUUAUUGAAUAUAUUUCCACUAUCAAAAAAAAGCCAUGCAAUCUACAUUGUUGUUUUAAUUAUUUUGUAUUUUUAUUGUACAUAAAAUAGUUAACAUUGAACUUGAAAUGUCAUGUUAUUAAACUUGUUGUAAUUCAAUUUUUAUGUCUUGUCUUUUUUUUUUGAGGGAUUUUAUGUUUUUGAUCAUUAAAAUCAGCAUAAUAUUUG